UCUCUCUAUAUAUAAACCCACCAGAAAGUAAAAAAUCUAUCUUCUUUUUCCCUUUGAGCUUAAAGCAACUCAAAAUCCCAUCCCAAACCCUAGUUCUCGAUCUAUCAAUAUGGGUUCUAGAAAGAACGACUUUGGCGAUGGAGCUAGCCCUGGAAAAAUCUUCAUUGGAGGUCUAGCGAAAGAGACAACUUUAGAACAAUUUGUGAAGUACUUUGAGAAAUAUGGUGAGAUAAUAGACUCGGUGAUUAUGAAGGACAGGCAUACUGGUAGACCUAGAGGUUUUGGGUUCAUCACUUAUGCAGAUCCCUCUGUCGUUGACACGGUUAUUGCUGAAACUCAUAUCAUCAAUGACAAACAAGUUGAGAUCAAAAGAACCAUUCCUAAAGGAUCUGCUGAAUCAAGGGAUUUCAAAACAAAGAAGGUUUUUGUUGGAGGCAUUCCCACUACUAUGAAUGAAGAUGAAUUCAAGGGCUUCUUCUCCAAGUAUGGGAAGGUGACCGACUGCGAGAUCAUACGGGACCAUGUGUCUAAGCGGUCUCGAGGAUUUGGAUUUAUUGUGUUUGACGAUGAGCAAGUAGUUGAUAGUUUGCUGUCUGAGGGAAACAUGAUUGAUAUGUUGGGUACCCAGGUUGAGAUCAAGAAGGCAGAACCAAAAAAACCCUCAAACUCAGCAUCUGGUCCUGCAUAUGGUAGUGAAUCUAGGGGACGUGGUGCAUACAAUGAUAGUUAUGGAGGUUUUGGCAAUUCAUAUAAUAGCGGUUUCGGCAGUGGCGGUUUUGGCCCUGCUUCUUAUAGGUCUUCUGGAGGUAUGGGUGGUAGGUUUGGUGACUAUGGUGGAUAUGGUGGUGGUGAAUUUGGUGGUAGAUAUGGAGACUUUGGUGGUGGUGAAUUUGGUAAUUACCGCGGAGCCGAUCCCUCACUGGGCUAUUCUAGUCGAUAUGGCUCUUAUGCUGGUGGGUAUGGUGGCGGUGCUGGUGGAUAUGGUGGCAGUGGACUAAUGGCGGCAUAUGGCCGUGGAGGAGCUGGUUAUGGGGGUUAUGGUGGGGCCGGCUCUGGCGCUGGUUAUGAAUCUGGCCCCGGUGCUGGUUAUGGUGGUGGACCAGGAGGUCUAUAUGGAAGUAGGUCAGGCUAUAGUGGCAGCAGCCGUUACCAUCCCUAUGGCAGGUAGAUUUUCUUAAGCAUUUCCUAGGUGUUGCAUUCAGGCUCUUGGUAAUGCAUCUUUGGCUCAAAGUUGAGUAGAUAUGGGAGCGCUAGCAAAGUCGUCAACGUCUAGAAGAUUGGAGAGAACCCUAGUCUGUUCCUGCUUACUAUUGUGGGAUCUGAGACCCAUAGUUAAAGCUAUGAUUUGUUUUAGUAUUAGACAUUUUUCUUUUUUGUGAACUAUGAAUUAGCUAGAACCUUACUCCUUGGAGUUCUUUCAUGUAAUCUUUUGUAAGAUUGGUUUCUUUAGAUGUUUGUUACUCAGGCUCGUAUCGUGA